AUGGCACAAGCUUCAGGAACAACUGUUACAUUCAAGAUUACACUAACCAGUGAUCCAAAGUUGCCUUUCAAAGUUCUCUCUGUUCCUGAAGGAACUCCAUUCACUGCUGUUGUCAAGUUCGCAGCUGAGGAAUUCAAAGUAAACGCCGCUACAUCCGCCAUCAUCACCAAUGAAGGAGUAGGAAUCAAUCCUUCUCAAACUGCUGGAAACAUUUUCCUCAAGCAUGGAAGUGAAUUAAGGCUCAUUCCAAGAGACCGUGUAGGAGGAUUUUAA